GAGCGAGCACGCGCGGCGCGUGCACGCCAACAUCCUGACUCCCACGCCGCUGGCCACGUGACCAAAAGAGAAGCUACGUAUGGAAAGUUUGGCUAACUCGCAUUUAUAUUUGUUGUCGCCAAGGCUUCUAAAGAACGGUGAGAGAGGACGCUAAAGGCUGGCCUUCAAGGCAUGCCCCUAAUAUUGGAAAUACAUAUGGAAAUCGGGAGAAAUUCAUGAGAAUGGUUGCCCCGGGACAUUUUCGGGAGGGACACUGAAAUUCGGCAGUCCCCAGGGAAGAUUGGGAAGGUUGGCAAGAACAUGCCAAUUGCACCAACCAAUGAUGUGGCCUUCAGACCUCCAGAUGGUGGCUGGGGCUGGAUGGUGGUGAUCGGGGCUCAUAUCUCCAUUGGGUUCGCCUAUUCUACUCCAAAAGCCCUCUCAAUUUUCUUCGAGGAGAUUAAGGCAGACUUGGAGGCCAGCUACAGUGAUAUAGCAUGGAUUCCGUCUGUUAUGUUAGCAGCCAUGUAUGCUGGCGGACCAGUGAGCAGUGUGUUGGUCAAUCGCUACGGAAGUCGACCAAUAGUGAUACUGGGGGGCCUUAUGUGCGGGGUCUCCAUGGUUGCUGCUUCCUUUGGGAACUCCAUCAUUUACCUUUACUUAUUCAUCGGAGUCAUUGCUGGCUGCGGGCUCGCUUUAAACCUAAAUGCAUCCCUCACCAUCAUCAGCAAGUAUUUUCUGGCCAAGCGUCCUCUAGCCAAUGGACUUGCAAUGGCUGGGAGUCCCGUGUUUCUCUGCUUCCUGGCGCCUCUUAAUCAAUACCUGCUGGACAAGUUUGGGUGGAGAGGAAGUCUUCUCAUCCUUGGGGCUCUGAUGCUCAACUGUUGCGUAGCCGGGGCCUUGAUGAGACCUGUUGGGUCGUGCCUAUCCUCUCCUGCACUACAGAAGAAGUCCAAGGAGCAGGCAGAUAACUCCGACUCCAAACAAUGGAAACAAAGCUGUGGCAUUCAUGCCAAAAAAUUAUUGGAUUUGUCCUUCUUUAAAGAUAGAGGCUUUGUAAUUUACCUUAUUGGGAACAUAUUGUUUAUUUUUGGUGCCUAUGCUCCCAUUGUGUUCCUGUCUGCCUAUGCUGUUAGUCAGGGUGUAGACCAAUACUCCGCAGCAUAUCUACUCUCCAUUAUGGGUUUUGUGGACAUGUUUGUUCGGCCUGGCACCGGCCUGAUUGCCAACAGCAAGUGGAUAAGACCUAGAGUCCAGUACUUCUUCAGCUUUGCCAUGGUGUUCAACGGCACGUGCCAUUUGCUAUGCCCACUGAUCAAAAGCUACACUUUUUUGGUGGUUUACGCUGUAUUUUUUGGCUUGGGUUUUGGCAUGGUUUUUGCCCUUAUAUUUGAGUGCCUUAUGGAUCUAAUGGGAAAUGAGCGCUUCCCCAGUGCUGUUGGACUGGUCACCAUCAUUGAGUGCUUCCCUAUGCUGCUGGGACCUCCUACUGCAGGUUUCCUUGUGGACAUAUUUGAGGACUACAAGUACCUCUUCUUCAUGUGUGGCGCUGUGAUUGUGACGGGUGGCCUCUUCCUCUUUGUCAUGAACUUUUACAACUACCAUAUGAUUGAAAAGCAGAGGAGACAACUGAACCCCAAAAGCCAUAAAGACCAGGACCAGGCUGAGAUGCAAAACACGCUCAAUCACAAUUUUCUUGCGAAGAAGUCCACUGUGCUUGGAAAUGAAACUGGCAGUGACCCCCAAGGAGAGCUUGCGAGCUCCGACAAUGUUGAAGUAAUACCUAUUUAAUUUUAAUUUUCUUAUUUUGUCUACAUGAGCUGUACAUGUGAAGUUGUAUUUUAUAACUAAUGAAUUAUUUGAAAAUCCUACAAUAAGAAGGGGAUACAUAUGGCCGCUUUCGUCGCUGUUUGCCUUACAGAUUAAUUGUGACAAAUUUGGCCACUUUUGCUGCCAGAUGGCGGUAAAGUGUUAAAUAUCUUGAAAUAUGUUUUGUGGCCAGUCCAACUUUAACCACAGCGUCAGUUGCUAUGGAGAGUGGAGGUUUCCAUCAUUUUCAGCAGACUGCAUUGCAAAAUGAGUAACCCUCCCCAUGUUUUCCUCACAUGCAAGAUCCAUCCAGGUAUGGGGCCAUAUGAAUCCCUUCCCUACUGUAGUUAUUUUACCAAUUAACCUUACUCAGUAUUUUAGUUAAAAACAAAUUCCAAAAAUUCCGGACUUUAAGCCGGUACGUUUUUUACGCUUUCAACCCUGCGGCUUAUAACAUAGUGUGGCUAAUUUAUGGAUUUUUCUUUGCUGACGACCAUAAUGCAAAUAAUUUAAAAAAAAAACAAGCAAAGACUGAGCUUUUAACCGGAAGUAAAAAUGCCGUAUAGCCGUCCUAAGCGUAUCUGCUCAAAUGGAUUCUUCAUUCAUCACUCCAAGCAACGUUUGUACGUUUUACAGAAUAACUAAAACAAUUGUUACUUACUUACUAAACCGUCUGAUGUGUGAUGUCUGUAGGAGUGUUUGCAAAUUUGGACGUACUAUCGUAAUGUAAUAAAGUUAGCGUCAUUAGCAUUAGCUAAUGUACUAACCCGUUUACAAGUGUUUGUGUUAGUAUUAUUAACUUACAAUGGCUUUCUUUAUGUAUUGUUUCCGUUUCGUAAUUCAUCAAAACGUUUCCGUUUACUUAUUGAGUCUGUUUUGUUGACGAUGACUUCUGUUUUGUUUGAUCAGCUGUUGCCAUGUUACGGACACCGUUUGGAAACAGUGUAAAUAAGUAAAUAUCUGCAGCUUAUAGUCCGGUGGGGCUAAUACAUAAAAAAUAUUUUUUUCUUAUAAAUGUUGUUGGUGCGGCUUUUUUAUAGUCCGGAAAAUACGGUACAGUCAUGCAGUGAGGUUCAUGGCUGGCAUGACUCUUGAGUCAGCUAUACAUGUGUGUCCAAUUCACUGGUUGCUUCACCUUGUGUUGUUUCUCCGCAGUUUGUUUUCUGAUCCGCAAGAAUAUUAAUGGGACACGUUUCCAUUAAACACAUAAGACAGGCUGUUGGGGAAGGCUUUGAGAAACAGGCCCACGCAGCGCAAUCCACUUAAUGAGGUAGUUCACAUUCUGCCAUGUAUUUUGGGAAUAGCUCAAAUUAAGCUCAAAUUAAGCAAAUAAAACGUUAACAAGGAUAUCAAUCAGACAGAAAAUUAAUUUGCAACCCAAAAUUCCCUUCACAGACCAGUGGACACAAACAAAAAAGUAUUCACAAUUUUUUAUUAGUUUUUUUUUUAUCCUUUUUUUUCACUUUCACUAUCUUUGAUGGCAUUGCUAAAAUGUACCUGAUAGGUUAAAAAAAAUCAUAUCAAUUAUGCUUGAGUUUUUACUCAUUGCGAAAUGUAACAUUCUUCGUAUUAAAUCAGUUAGUACCUCCAGGAUUUUGCAAUGCUGCGAACACGCCCAUUCACCAUCCCGCAACUUCCCUGCACGUUUGCCAAUCAUCGUCAUUUGUGCCAAUCGUGUUUGUGUCUGAGAUGCACUGAAAUGUGUUCGUCAACUGUCAUCAAAACAGUGAUACACAUCAAAACAUAUAGUUUUUUCUUGUGUAGACCAAGCCAGAACAAACGCUUAUCAUUCAAUCAAAAUGUUUUUAUACCACCCUUAAACACAAGUCUCUCAAAGAAUUUCACUUACAAUGAAAUCCCCUGAUCUAAACAAACAUCCGAACAAUGAAAAACUUUAAAGACCACCGCUAAGGAAAAAGAAGAAACCUUGAGAAGGGACUGCAGAUGUAUGAUCUGAACCGAGGAUGUCGUUGUGGCUUGUGCAGCCCUUAGAAAGACUUGUGAUUUAGGGCUAUAUAAAAAAACAUUCAUUGAUUGAUAGGAACCCACCUUCCAGGGUGACCAGCUGCGAUGGAUUUCGAGUGGGUAUAACUAUUGAAUUGUUAAAUUGAUAGAUCAUGUGGGAGUCCAGUCCAUCGGGAAGCCAACAGAUAGUCAAAGGGGGAUUUUCCGAGUUUAGCCAGUGAACUUAACAUGCAUAGGUAAGUUAUUUGGAUCAUAAAUGAAAGUUUUAGAGUAAAACAUACACUGAGAAUGUCUGCAAUUUGUGGAUAACAGUGGACAAUGAGGAAGCCUUUAGUGGUGUUUCGUUCUGGUACUACAAUUAUUGCUAAUAUUAGGUAUAAUUGAUUAGUAUGGUGAUUUGACAAGCGAGCUCCGAGCAUAUGCUUGUCUACUUUUAAGCCUUGUAUAAAAAGAGUAAAACAUCAAUACAGUAUUUUUUUAAAUUUUUGUUAAAAUAUUUUACUCUUUGAUAUCAUUGAUUACAAAUUCAUAAUAUCACAUGUCGAUCCAAUAUUAAAAUAAGCCUCAAAACAUCACAACUUUUAUCCGAACUUUCUGUGUAAGUCCCUGCAAAUUCAGUGCAUUUUUGGCCCAACAAUCACAAAAAAAUCCUGGAGGAACUGGAUAUUGCCGAUGUAGUCGACGUUAGAUAAUGCAGCCAUGCGGCAGGAAGUUGUGUAACUUCCACACCGAUAAUGUGUUGACACCCUGCGGCGUUAAGCUCACUGGCUAGCAUUGCAUAAAUACCUCAACCGGUCGGGAGACGCGUUACAAAAAUAUGAACUCAUUGUAGUUCUAGGCACGGUUACACGUGAAUAACUUUCUGUCUAGAAUUAUGGACUAAAGUAGUGCUUAGGUUAAAUACAUCGAAACAUAAGCUUGUACUCUAUUUUGCUGUCUCCCGAGGCCCCGAACCCAUGAACAUGUCAUCUUUCAGCACACUUUUUAAACAUUUGCCAAACAAACUACUGAAAACUGAAAAUGUUCUACACGUGUCAAAUAAUGUCACCUACUUGCCCUGGAAGUGAGGAACACGCUAUACGAGGCCUGGACAAUUAUUUGGACAAAAGCGGCAAAAUUUAGGAAAUAAAAUGUGUCAGAGAGCCGGUGUAUCUGUUUUUAGGAACACUAAUACAAAAACCUCACAAUAAUGUCUGAUUGAAUGCUAAAAACGUUAUGAUAAACCGCCUUAAAAAAACAGAAUGGAAUUUAGUUUUUUUUUACUGAAUAAGACACCCAGAAUGUAAAUGAAAAUAAAGAAUGUAGGAUUUACAAUAUUAACUAUGAACGAUAAAACACUGAAUAUUUUACAAUCAAGCGAAAUGCAACAAACACAGCAAAAUAUGAAUGCAAAGAGUAAAAAAAAACAACCCACCUACAAUCUGAUACAUCUGAGUUGUCACUAAGCUUUAGAUCUUUGUUUUAAAAAUCUCCUUCCGAGUCUGUCCAUGACACCCUCAUUUCAGGCUGGCAGCUAUGGAAACACUCUGUUGAAACGCUCCCCACCCAUACUGCUUGGUGCCUCGUCUGAGUUGCUGUGAUUUAGAUUACCAUAGUAACUAGUAGGGGUGCGGGAAAAAAUCGAUUCGAAUACGAAUCGAAUCGAAUACGUUGUGCGAUUCAGAAUCGAUUGUCUUUUUUUAUUUUUAUAUUUUAUUCUAUUUUAUUUUAUUAUUAUUUUUUAAUCAAUACAAUAAACCACUACACAGCAAUACCAUGACAAUGCAAUCCAAUUCCAAAACCAAAUCUGACCCAGCAACACUCAGAACUGCAAUAAACAGCAAUUGAGAGGAGACACAAACACGACACAGAACAAACCAAAAGUAGUGAAACAAAAAUUAAUAUUGUCAACACAGUAUCAACAUUAGUUAUAAUUUCAGCAUAGCAGUGAUUAAAAAGUCUUCAUUGAUAUUAUCAUUAGACAUUAAAAAAACCAAAAAAAACAAUAUUGUCACAGUGGCUUACACUUGCAUUGCAUCUCAUAAGCUUGACAACACACUGUGUCCAAUAUUUUCACAAAGAUAAAAUAAGUCAUAUUUUUGGUUCGUUUAAUAGUUAAAACAAAUUUACAUUAUUGCAAUCAGUUGAUAAAACAUUGUCCUUUAAAAUUAUAAAAGCUUUUUUCAAAAAAAUCUACUACUCUGCUUGCAUGUCAGCAGACCGGGGUAGAUCCUGCUGAAAUCCUAUGUAUUGAAUGAAUACAGAAUCAUUUUGAAUCGAAAAAAUAUCGUUUUUGAAUCGAGAAUCGAAUCGAAAAAAUCGAUAUAUUAUCGAAUUGUGACCCCGAAGAAUCGAUAUUGAAUCGUAUCGUGGGACACCCAAAGAUUCACAGCCCUAGUAACUAGUAUAUCAUGCAAAAUGGCAGAUUUCACCAUUGAAAUACUUUGUAUAGUUCAAGACUUAUGGUCAUUUGAAAACCUCACUGCACAUCAUAAUGGCAGCUACAGUUUCCAUCUUAAAGAUCUAAAAAAAAAUUUGAGGGGAAGGUCCGGCGGGCCAGAUUGAAAAGCUUAACGGUCUGAUGUGGGAUCUAAACCGAGGAUGUCGUUGUGCCUUGUGCAGCCCUUUGAGACACUUGUGAUUUAGGGCUGUGUAAAUAAAUAUUGACAUUGAUUGAACAGCAUGCAGCCCCUGGGCCUUAAUUUGCCCAGAUCUGUGCUAUACUGUAUUACAAAAAAAAACCCAAAAACGCCAUUGAAAUUACUAUUAUUAUUUGUGUUGUACAUUGAUCAAAGUUGUCAGUCACCCUUAUGUGACGCGACGGUGUUCACAGAUAUCAACAAAUAUGUCUGUGACUCCCUGAAUCACCUCAGCUUGGUUACAAUAAGGACGUAUAUUUAUUGUACUUGUGUUGUGUAACUACUGUAUCUCCUGACACUGUUGCACUGACUCCUUUCCUUCAGAUUGAUGUCCUGAAGCAGAACUUGAAUGUGUUAAAAGUGUAAUUACUGUACGAGUAUCAUUUCAGAUCAGGUGCACAUUUCCUAUCAUGAACACUGUAUAUCAAGUAUUCCAGCGGUGAGUAAUGCUGCAAUCCAGACUGCUUGAAACUUCUGACGUCUAGACCAUUUUUCUUGUAUUCGUUCUUAGGCCUUUCCUCGUCUUCAAUGAUAAUGAAACAGAAAUACAAUAUUCAACAAGUAGAAAUAAUUUUUAUAAGCAGUGUUUUUUUAUGUUAUUUAGUCUUCAGUUUUAUUUUAUACCAUUAAGCAGGGCCCGUAGCUAAGUUUUUAACGACAACGACACUUGUUUGCAUAAUAUCAAAACGCUAGCUUUUUUUGUUAGUUUUGCAGGUAUACAUAUUUUGUUACUUGAUGAAUGAUUCCUGUUAGGAUGCUAACGUUACUAUGCUUGCUUCUUUUUUUUUUUUCAAACCUAUUUUUGUAGGUUUACACCUCAGUCAUAUUUUGGUACUUGAUACAUGCUAACAUUUCCAUGUGCAAGCCUCAUAGAUAGAUAUUGUGGUACCUGAUGUAUGUUACAGUUAGCAUUUUAGCAUGCUAACAUUAGGUUUGUGUUUUUUUCUUUAGCUAAUUUAGCAGGUGACCUCAGUGUCAUAUGCUUUGGUAUUUCGCUAAUGUUAAUUGUAAGCAUGCUAAUGUCAGUAUAGUACUUUUAGCAUGCUAACUUUGCUCAGACACGUUGUCACUGGAUGUUUUUUGGCCAGCGGGCUAAAUGUUAGCGUCAUAGUUGGGCUACGGUCAUAUAAUCAACCAUCAACCAUUGUGUGUGACCAGUUUAACAGUACAGAUUGGACAUAUUUAACAAUCAUACACAUUUACACACAAAAAGAAAAGAAAAGAAAAAGAAUGAUCGAAAAAGGAAUGGGUUGUAGCCAAAGCUUAUAUUUGCCUAUCCUAUACAUUCACUGAAAAUUAGAUUGCCUGAAACAUCAACGUUUAAAAAAAAUCAAUGGGAUGAAAGUAAUUGUUACUAUAUAUUAUAUUUUUCAAUUAUUUAACCUUUCAAGGUUUUCUCAAACCUUAAGAAAGAACUACAUGUCUUCAACUCAUCACUGAACUUGUUCCACCAUUUAACUCCUAAAAAUGAAAUACAUUUGUAUUUUAUAUUCGUUUUUACUUUAUGUAUUUCAAAAAUCAAUUUCCCCUGUAAAUUCUAGUUUUCUCCUAUUAAUUGAAAUAACCUAAAAAUACAAGCUGGAAGGCUGUUCUUUACUCGAAACAUAAUUUCCAUUGUUUUUAAAACACAGCAUCUGAACAUUUUAACACAUUAGAACUUAUAAAUAAUAGAUUGGUAUGUGCACGCUUGUGUGUUAUUCUAAUGGCCCUUUUUUAAAGUUUAAUUAUUGGGUCUAUGUUUGUUUUAUAAACAUUUCCCCAAAUGUCAACACAAUAUGUUAAAUAUGGAAAAAUAAAAGAAUAAUAUAACGUUUGCCAACAUUUCUUAUUCAGCAUGGGUUAAGGUUGGAGUUAGACCUUUCUACCAAAAUUGCAUUUUCUGGUUCUUUGAAAAAAACAUUAUACGUUGCACUAUUUUUGAAGGCGAUAACUGCCAAAAUGGCCCCUUCAUCCUUUGAGUUGUCGGUCUGUGGCCCUCAGGUUUAGGCAGUCCUGGUAUAAAAAGUUCCAAAUUAUGCAGCAAAGAAAACAGAUGUUUUGAAAGUAAACUUUGUUUAAAUGUAUUGCUUUGUUUGAACUUUGUUUUUUAAUGGCUUUCAAAAUAAAAAUGUCCAACCAAAAAAAUGUGACAAUACCUUUGACUAUUUUGUGAAUGUGUUUUGUGAUGUUAAAUAAAAGAUUGAAGAUUCUUGAUGGAAUUGUUAUAGUUAGUCGUAUCUGGUCACGAUGCAUCUUUUUCAUUUUUGAUACAAUUGAGUAUUGGCCAACGUCCAUAUUAAUCUGAUACAGUAUCAGCAUGAACCAUAGUACAUAUUUUAAGCAUAUUGUACUGAGGAACAAUAGAAAAGUUGAACUUAAUCGAAUGAAAUUACAAUCGGAGAAUAGUUAAAACCCAUUUAUGAACUUUAAUGGACUUUUGCUGUCUUUAAGUUAAAGUGUAGUGGUAUUUUUUUUGGCAAAACCUAGUGGUCACGAUAAUUAAGAUCAUGACAAUAUUUCGAAUGAUGCGGACACAUUUGUUACUGGAUACGUUAUUACGCCUUUGCCUUGGAGACAUUGUAUUGCCAGUACUAUGCAACUUUAAUUAUUUGAUACUCGUCUAUAUUGACAAAUUAGGUGUUUUAGACUGCAAUAUUGUUCUAUUAAGGACACUUGUUACUGUCAGACUUUUCCCUGACAGUUUGGCUAUGUUUUAGUUUUUCCUCUGCAUUUGUCUUUGUUUCCUGUCUCCGCUUUUAUUUUGUCUUUAUUUCCUGCUUGUUUCUCUGAGUGCUGUGUCCCCCCAGCUGUGGCUGAUUGGCACCUGGUGUCAAUCAGCCAGCUGCUAUUUAGACCUGUUUUCUCCUCCAGUCAGUGCUGGAUUAUUGCCGCACCUACCGGUUGUUUGUAACUACUACCUGUCAAUGUGAUUAUUACUUAUCGUCGUAGCUGUGUCUACUUUUGUUCACUCUGCUCAUGCCAUAGUUCCUUCUUGUCACAGUGUUUUUUUCAUAGCCUAGUUUAUCCGCCUCGUGCGCACCUUUUAUUUGUACCCUUUGUUUUGUUUUGUUUUCGUGUUUAAAUUAAAACCAUGUUUUUGUACUCAA